AUGGCUGUUGGCCCUAGAGUGUCCAAGGAGGAUUUUAUGCAUGCUCUUGGCCUUGACACAAAUAACCCUUUACAUGAGACUUUAUACCGAGCAAUGAGGGAUGAAGCAAUUAUCGUUUACAAUAUAUUGAAUCAGGAAAACUCCAACCUUCUUGAAAGCUUGAGGAACGACCCUUACAUCCGACCGCCAUUUUUCUGGCACCACAUCAGACCAGAGGUGCAGCGUUGGGGCAUUCUAGAAAUUUGGAGAAACUCCAAACCGGGAACACGGGCGUGGUUUGAUCGAGGUAUUACAAACGGAGAAUAUGGGCCCAACUGGGUAACGGGAUGGCUGUUGUACAGCGUUUUCCGUUCUCGAGACGUUCGCAAUAAUCGUAACCGACGGAGAGGUGAAGAAGGGGGUUCUGGAACUUCAGGUGGUACCAAUACCCACCGGGGCCAGUCGAAGAAUGGUCGAGGCGCUACCUGCGGCAGUGAGAGACAGAAAGGCGGAUACUAUGAUCCAGUCCGGAACGGCACACAUUAA